AUGAACUAUAUAUACUCCGUAUCAAAUAGAGCAUUUUAAUUGUGGAGAUGCCAUGUGGCGGUCCACGCGUAUUGUUUUUGGGUAUCCCCUGGGAGUCAUGGAUUAUGUGGUUCAUUGCUGAUGUGGCUUUGAUUUAACUAUUUUGAUUGGCUUCUGCUUGGUAGGGUCGGUUUGUUUCUCAAGAACUUGGUGUUUUUGUUUGGAUUUGUUUAUUUUCCCUAAAAUUCUGUUGCCUUCCCUUUUUUAUUCAUCUGAGUUGUCCUUUUUUAUUUUGCACUGUUAGAUGCUACGAUUCUCUAAUCGACGUGCCUGGUGUUGGAUCCUAUGGACGAUGAUGGUGUCGCCGACAGUUGGAUGACCCGUCUUUGGGCAUUUUUGUUUAAAAAGGUCAAACCAGAGUUGAUUUUUGGGAGAGUUUUCGCACGCUUUUCGUCUGCUGAGAACAACAGUAAUACCAUUGCAGUAUAUGCGUUUCGCCUUAGACUCACGGAGUACAAUAAAUCAGCAUAUAGCCGAAGCUUUGCAGCUACAACAAGUGUCAAAUGGAAACUAUUUUAAGAGGAGCGGCAGAUAAACAGGUUUGCUUAUUCCCGGUUUUCGGGCUUUUCGGCUAAUUACAAUCCCUUACUGCAUUGUGUUUUUUAAGGGCAUUUCCAUUGGAUCUUAUGCACUUUAAUCAUUCCCAUGUUUUUGAAGAUUAUGAUGACAAUUGCAAAGGGGUGUGUGGUGUGGUCAUGGGACAACUAGCCAUUUGGGUCAUCAUCUUCUCUUUGUAGUCCUUAUUACUGGUUUGUCCACACUGUUUUGGACUUAUCUCUUUUGGGACUUGAUAUUUUCUUUUAUUCUGUUUUUCUUUUUAGACUAUAGGGUCUUUUCGCAAAUUAUACCGUACAACUGGUGGGACCGGCAAUUAGAUUGAAGGAAGGAACAAAGCGGAGACCGGCGGUCGAUCUAAGGAGAGAUAGAAGCGGGAGACAUGGAGCAUGACAUCCGGCAAUUGAAGGGGAAGAAGAGGAGGCCGCGAUGGCAGGUGAAGGUGGCGGCUGCUGCAACUCUGCAAGAUGGGAUGCAAUGAUCGAAAGAUAGAUGAACAGUAGCGGAUGUUCUCUGCUA